UUAUAAACUUUUGACAGGAGAAGGAUCCACAUUUAUAAGAAAUGGUCAAAUCGAGGGCCCAGAUUCAGAGAGAAUACAGACAGCGCCUGAAAGAAAAAAACAAUGAAGCUUAUCUUCAAAAGGAAAGGGAGAAACGGAAACAAAAUUAUGAACCUAGUAGUCAAUUAUCUCGAAGAAAGAGGAGACAAAGAAACGAAUAUAACAGAGAUUACCUAAAACAUUAUAGAGCAAGAAAAAAAGAGGUAUUAGAAUUAAUCCAUGCCAAUAACCAGCAGAUUGAACCCUCCACAAGUGGAUAUGAAAGUGGAACAUCGUCUGUCAUUCCUACUGAAAACCGACUACUGGUCCAAAUGAGAUUCCAGAAGAAAGCCAAUGGUCCGAAAAUGAGAAUAAGCAAAGAAUUAACUAAAAUAAAGGCCGAAAUGAAAAGUCUACAAGCCAAGCAUGAAAAUUUAAAGAGGAAGUACAGAACAACUGCGCGCUCUUUGCAACGAGUGAAACGAAAAAAAGUUGACAAAAACACAAGUACACCAAGAUCCAAAACUGAACAGCAACUCGAUGAAAUGAACUUAUCAGCUGAACAGAGAAGCAGUGUCAGAAAAGAACUACUUUUUGUUAUACAAUUUGUAAUGAAAUUAGAUCAGCAGGAGAGGGAACAUCGACUCAGGCAAGAAUGAGAACUAGGAUAGUACGAAACAUUGUCUCCGGCAAAACCAUGAAAAAGUACAGGAUGAUUAAGACACUAGCACAAAGAACAGGACUCAGUAGAAAUAAACUAGCAAAAGUAGCAACUAAAGACAUCAAUAUCAAAAGGUUAUACCGAAUCCGAGAGAUGGGAAAGCAAAAAUACAAUGUAACAAGAUUUCUAGAGAGGGAUGAGAACUCUAGAGUUAUGCCAGGAAAGGCAGACUAUGUUAAAACAGAUGAUAAGAAAGUUCAGAAAAGAAUCUUGACAGACUACCUUUCAAACUUGUACCAUAAAUUUAUGAUGGAGUAUCCCACAGUGAAGCUGUCAUUUACCACCUUUACACGACUUCGUCCAAAGAAUAUUCUUCUGACAUCAUUUAUAAGAAGGGACACAUGUUUAUGUACCAAACACCAAAACAUGUCAUUUACAUUAAAAGCUGUAAAACGAUUAGGUAUAGACGUUUCUUUGAAUGCAGAAAAAGAAGUUGAAAAGCAACAAGAAAUUAUACAAGACAUGACAAAUACAGAGGCCAGUGAUGUGGUAUUUAGUCAGUGGAAAAGAGUUCAAGUAGAAGAAAAGGGCAGAACAAAAAUGACAAUGAAAGUUGUAGACAGCACAGUUGACAAAAGUGGAUUUAUAGCUCAUGUCGAAAAACAGAUGAACGAAUUCAAAGAUCAUGUAACAAGAAUACAAACACAAUAUGCACAAAUGAAAGCAUUGAAGAUAAAUCUACCAAAAAAUCAUUGCAUUGUACAUAUGGACUUUGCCGAAAACUAUCAGUGCAAAUCCGUGGAAGAGAUCCAGUCUGCCUAUUGGAAUCAGACUAGCGUGACAAUACAUCCAGUUGUAGUUUACUACAAGGUUGACGGGGAUGAGCUGCUCCACAAAAGUAUAGUAGUAAUCUCAGAUGAGAUGGGUCACAAUUCAGCAACUGUACUAUCCAUCAUCGACCAAAUUAAACCAGAAAUAAAACAGCUUCUUCUGUAG